ACACUGCACCUGCUAACUGACUCUGUAGCCCUGUUUUCAUGGCAAUUUUUAGUCACUUUCUGUUUUACAAUGUUUUUUUGUCUCGGGAUUAACAAAUUGGCCAAAAAACUAAAGUAAAUAAGCUGAGUGAGCGGCCAUGGAUUUGGUGGACAUUGACCAGGUUCUGGACAACCUGGAAUUACGCAUCGCUGCCGAUGAACAGUUGAGCCGAAAUGCAGCUGCAGCGGCGACGGCGACGGCGACGGCAGCAGCUCCAGCCCGUCAUUCAGGCGACGGAGCAAGUGCCUCCAAUGUGGCCUCCAACGGUGCUGGUGCAGGAGGUGCAACAACAGCGUCCGGAACGGUGGGAUCUUCGAGCUCCGGGGGUGGAAAGAGCUUCGUGGGGGUCUCCCAGGUCUUCAAUAGCCUGGACGACUACCGAAAUAACGUGAAAUCCCUCGAGGUGGACACCCAUCUGCCCAGCUAUGACUGGCAGGCGGAGCACGAGGAUGAUCUCAACAAGUUCAGCGAGGAGCGCUCGAAAUCUAAUAACGAAGCCAUUGUUUCCUCCUCGGAAUCGCUGACCACAUCGUCCUGCUCGACUUUCUCCUCGGGACCAUCGCCCGUCAGCAAUGGCAGCCACUCGGAGGAGCUAUCAACGCCGCCGGAGAAUGAAGUCCCCAAAGAGGACGCAGAACCGAGGAUCGAGGAGGUUGAGGAUCGGGCUGAAGUCCCUAAGGAGCAGAAGAAGGAUCCUACAGAACAGGAGCCCGAAAAGGAGAAUGUGGAAGAAUUGGCAGCUGGACUUUCGUCCAUUUCGAUUACCAAGUCCUGUCCAGAUUCGCAGUCCUAUGUGGGAGAUGAGACCACUCCCUCCUCUGUCCAGGGGCAGGAGAUGCAGCAGCUAUCGGAGGACUCUACGCCCAGUAAUGAGCCCGAAACAGAGAUGACUAAUGGCUUCGAGAUACCAGCACCGGUGGCUAAAACUGUAGCCUCCGAAGCACCUGGUCCUGAGAAGAAAGAACCUCAGCUAGAGGUUGAGCCCGAGGGCGAGGAUGAAGAGCAACAGGAGCAGCAGCCCAAGCCCAGUCAACCCAUCACCUUCUGCUCCACCAUGGACGAUAUCUCGGACACGGAACUGGACAGCAUGUUGCAGGAGAUAGAUGCAGAUGAUCCGCAGCCAAUGGAGGACCAGGAGAUGCCCGAAGAGGAGAAAUCGCCUUCUGUUUCCCCAGUGACCGAGGAGGAGUCGGUGCGCAUCCUGUCUGAUGAGCAGGAGACCACCUCCAAUGAUCCGAUGAACGUGGACAACUUCUCGCAGGCCUCCACCGUUGAGUUUGCGGAUCUUAAGCAGCCGGAGGAGACUGCGCCAGUGACCGCAAUGGGCGACGACAUUGCCUCCAGCUUCAGCAGCACAGAAUCCGACUCGUUGUCGGGCAGGAAACUGGAUGAUGACGAUGAUCCCCGGCAGCGGCCUGUGGCGGGAGAACCAGAAGAAGCAUCAGUGGCCACUGAUGCACUCGAAACGCAAGAAGCACGUCCGCAACGACCACAAACCCUGGACUUGAACGGUUGCCAGGCGAGCCAACUGACUCUCUGCCACGAGGAUGCCCAAGAUAAUCCUCCGGAUGAAUCCCAGCCCGGUGUGGUGGCUGAACCGGGCGUGGUGCCCGGGGAAGAUGACGAGGAGAGUCCCAUCUACGAGGCAGUGGGAUACAGUGAUCCCCAUGCCAACCUUGGAAAGGUGCCGCCCAUCUGGGUGCCGGACAACAUGGCCGGGCAGUGUAUGCAGUGCCAGCAGAAGUUCACGAUGAUCAAGAGGCGCCACCAUUGUCGGGCCUGCGGCAAGGUACUGUGCUCCGUUUGCUGCUCCCAGAAGUUCCGGCUGGAGUUCGCCAACGAGCCAGAGUCCCGGGUAUGCGUCCAAUGCUACAUGAUUCUGUCCGAGCGGCAGGCGACGGGAUCCGCUUCAGGGGCAGCUGCUGGUUCGGUUCUGCCGCCCACGCCCAUGCGAUCACCGAAUCCCAACAAUCCCAUGGAAUACUGUUCGACCAUACCGCCUCAUCGACAGGUGGCCGCCACGCCCGGUGCCCCACCCCCCAGCGUCAUUGUGCCGGUGGGUGUGCUAAAGAAAACCGAUGGCAGCUCCUCUAACUCAUCCAGUUCGGAUGGGAAGAAGGGCGCCCGGAAGCGGAAGAGUGUUAUGUUCAGUGAUGGCAUAGCACCCGGCAGCGAACUGGCCAGCACCAUGGAGCAGCAGUGGGGCGAGGCCAAGCAGGCGAGGCGGGGUCUGUCGAGAAGCGGAUCCGGUUCGAACCAGAAGCCGCCGACACCGGCGACCGAGGAGCCACCGCGCAGUAUUGAUAUGGGCUCUACGAUGGGCCUGGUGGCGCAGCUAUUCCGCGGCUCCAUACCCCCAAGUGCCGCAGCAGCUACGCUCUCCGCCACCGAAGCGCCAAGUGCAGCUAAGGCGACAGCCCAACCCCAGGCUCAGACCUCCCCUCGUCGGAAGGCAGAACCGGUGCGAAGUCGUAAGUUGCCGCCAAAUGGCGAUUCCCAGGGCUGCUAUCUUCCCCCGGAGGAGAACGGCCUGCCCCCCAUCUGUAUAACUCUAAAGGACGGCGAGGUGGACUACAAGGUUGUGCGGAAUGAUGGCUCGCUCCUGGAGAGAUUACAGAACGAAACGCUCAAGUUUAUUGUGAAGAACAACUUCUAUGUGCUGGUCAAGAUUGUGAAUAUGAGCUGCUGCAUGAAUCGCUGGGUGUUGAACUUCACAACCUCGGGUCUGCAUCACAUGGGCAGCGAUGAGCUCAUCAUUCUGCUGGAGAUAAAGGCUCCGGGUGCUGGUGACUCGGCUGAUAAGGAGGCUGGUGUCCCGCGCGAUAUAUUCCAGCACCUGUACGAGCUGUACGCGGAGGCGGAGGCCGCCCGCUCCAACACCCACGAACUGGCCUUCACCAGUCCCCGGAAUGCCAACUUUCUGGGCUCCCGGGAGCACGGCGGCUUCAUCUUCAUCCGGCCGACGUACCAGUGCUUGCAGGGUGUGAUUGUUCCGGACAAUCCCUACCUGGUGGGAGUGCUGAUACACCGGCACGAGGUACCCUGGGCCAAGGUGCUGCCCCUGCGACUAAUCCUGCGCCUGGGCGCCCAGUAUCGUUACUAUCCCUGUCCCCUGAUCUCGGUGCGAGGCCGGGAGUCUGUGUAUGGGGAGAUAGCCCAGACUAUUAUUAAUUUUUUGGUGGAUUUCCGAAACUAUACGUACUCCCUGCCCUCGAUCCGGGGACUCUACAUCCACAUGGAGGAUCGGCAGACGACGGUGAACAUACCCAAGUACCGGCACCAGGAGGUGAUCAAGGCGAUCAACAACGCCAGCGAUCACAUCCUGGCCUUUGCCGGCAACUUCUCCAAGGUGGCCGAUGGCCACUUGGUCUGCAUGCAGAACAUCAACGACGAUCGCUCCGAGAUGUACGCCUAUUCCACCCAGGCCAUCAACAUCCAGGGCCAGCCGAGGAAGAUCACGGGUGCGAGCUUCUUUGUCCUCAACGAGGCCCUCAAGAGCAGCAGUGGGCUGUCCGGAAAGUGCAGCAUCGUGGAAGAUGGCCUGAUGGUGCAAAUAAUGCCGGCCAAAAUGGAGGAAGUGCGUCAGGCGCUGCGCAACCAAACAGACAUCGAUAUCGUCUGUGGGCCCAUCGAUGCCACCGACGAUCAGAGUGAGAUUGUGAGCAUCAAGUGGGUAGACAACAACCGGGACAUCAAUGUGGGAGUGAAGUCCCCCAUUGAUGACCAACCCAUGGAUGGCAUCUCGAAUAUGCGCGUCCAUGCCAGCUUCAAUUAUUCCAAUACCAACUAUGCCAUCCGCUUGAGUGAUAUCUACAUAGUCAAGUGCGAGGACUGGUAUGCCACGAAUGGUGGCAACUAUGCGGACAUCACCCGGAUUGCCGAGCAACUGGCCCGCAGUGCUUCAAUGGCUCUACUGCCGUUCCUCGAUCUCCUGGCAGCGGCUGGCAUCAACAAAAUAGGUCUCAGGGCCACCCUCGAUCAGGAGAAUGUCGGCUAUGAAGCUGGAGCUCGGGGCUCGAAGCUGGCGCCGCUGUACAUGAACGCCCUGGACAAUCACUUGAUAGCCACCCUCCACGGCGAGUCCUCGGGCAUUCAGGAUCCGAUCAUACUCGAGCUGGUCUUCUACAUACUGAAUGCCUGAUCCCCGAAACCUGAUCCUCGUAGUGCAAUUUUCCGGCUGUAAAGCGGAAUCUUUUUUUAGAAACUCUGUGCUCGGAAACGAACAAAACUGGUGGACCGAAGAGUCGACCCUUCGGGGGGCAGAUCUGAGGUGGAUUAGAUAGCUAUAUUGUUGGAAUGGCUCCGUUAACUGUGUAUAUAUUUAAGUACCUCAUCGAUUGGAUUUUAUAUUUUUUCUAUUUUUUUUCCACUCUCCUCUGCCUUUGUUAUAUUUUCAUUCGAUUUGAGUUUUCAUUGAAAGUAAAAAGAAAAAAUAAUAUUCUAAAGUACUAUCUAUCCCCUAAAUAUAAUAAAUAUUUGUAUGUGAUGUUCUUUAAUAUGCUUUACACAUUUACCAUUCGAGUAUAUAUAUAUUAAUCUGUAUAUGCUAUAUAUUGAAUAACAAACUAUAUAAAAACUGUUAA